AAGUUUUAAUUUAAAAAUGUUUACUGUAUCACAUUUCCAUGACAGUGGACUCCUUUGGCUAUACAUUCUGUGAGCAUGAUAAUAACCUGUACAACCACCUGAUGAAGGAGCAGUGCUUCGUAAGCUAUUGCUUCCAAAUAAACCUGUUGGACUAUAAUAGGUGUUGCGGGAUUUUUAACUUGCCUCACACCAGCACCUUCAAGUCACCAGGCUGCAGGAACAUCAAUCACGCCUCGGGGGCUCCGUGAUUGACUGUUGUCUGGCCCAAUUGGAAGAGAAGGCUGGUGACCCUCCAACCAAUAGGUGUAACCAAGGGAUGGGUCUAGCCGUAGCGUCACGUGACCAUGCUCUUAGGGUUGAGCCUAUGUGUGGCUGAAUAAGGGGGAUAAAGGAAUUGGUCAAAAACAGAGGAGGGAAAUGGUGAUCGAGUGGACAUAAACACCCGACAUAGAUUCUCAGACUCGAAUUCGUGUCACGUUUGCAGCACACGGAAAAUGUCUGCAGGCCUUACGCAGUGACAGCUGAAGGUGACCGCCGCCAUUGUUAUUCCUGUAUUGAAAGGAGGAAACAGGUGUCACAUCAGGACCUGAAUACAUUGAAUUUGAACAUGGAAGGAAAAACCAUACAUGGGAAGAAACCAUACAGAUGCUCUGUGUGUGGGCGAGGCUUCAACCAUUCAUCUGGUCUGUCGAGACAUAAGCUCAGUCACACUGGAGAAAAACCGUGGAAAUGUAGAGAUUGUGGCAAGGCAUUUACAUCCCCCUCUGACCUGGAAAGGCAUCGGCGGAGUCACACUGGGGAGAGGCCUUUUUCAUGCUCUGUGUGUGGGAAAGGAUUCAAUCAGUUGUCCAACUUGCUGCAACACCAGCGAGUUCACACCGGGGAGAGACCUUUUAAAUGCCCAGACUGUGGGAAGUGUUUUAAAAGUGCUGGAGAACUGAUGUCCCAUCAACGUGUUCACACUGACGAAAGACCGUUCAGAUGCUCUCACUGUGACACUCAGUUCAAGUACUCAUCUGACCUCACUGUCCACCAGCGAGUUCACACUGGGGAGAAACCAUUCACCUGCUGUGAGUGUGGGAAGACAUUCUCUCAGUUAUAUAACUUGUUGACACACCAGCGAGUUCACAGUGAUGACAGACCUUUUAAGUGUUCUGACUGUGGUAAGUGCUUUAAAUGUUCAGGGAAUCUGAUAACACAUCAACGUGUUCACAGUGAUGCGCGACCUUUUAAAUGUCUGGACUGUGGAAAGUGCUUUAAAAGCUCUGGAGAACUGAUGUCGCAUCAACGUGCUCACACUGAUGAGAGACCAUUCAGAUGCUCACAUUGUGGGAUCGGGUUCAAGAAAUCAUAUAACCUCACUGUACACCAGCGACUUCACACUGGGGAAAAGCCAUUCACCUGCUCAGAGUGUGGAAAAGGAUUCACUCAGUUAUACAAUCUGCAGACACACCAGCGAGUUCACACAGGAGCACGACCAUUCACCUGCCCCGAGUGUGGGAAGGGAUUUACUCAGUCAGCCCACUUGGUCAGACACCAACAAGUGCACAAAAAAAUAUAUUGAUUGGAUUUUACUGUGAAUUAUCAUCCAGGACAAAACUAUGUCCUGGUGUUUGUGUCUGCUGAUAUUAAUGAACUACAGUUUAGUCGAGUGUUAAUAUUCUGAAUAAAUUAAAAUAAAUUAGCUGUGUGUUAACCACA